CAAGAUCGGCAACAAUGGCGGCGGCGCAAGGCAAGAGGCGUGAGAUUGUUCUUCUCGAUCUUCCACAGGAGAUUUUGGAGGAAGUGCUGUGCAGAUUGCCUCUUGAUGUCAUACGGAGAUGCUUGAGGCUCUCAAAGCGCAUCUACAGUCGCAUUACUUCUUUCAGUUUCUAUGAGAGGUGGAUUGCGGCCAAUCUCCGACCGGAGCUAUUCCUCUUCUCAAGUUCCGGCGAUAACGAUGACGACAGCGAAGAUGCCCUUGCGAAUUCCAUCCAUUCGCUUACUCUAAGUGAAUUUGACCAGCCUCUCUUGCCUCAUGCCGCUGGUAUUGUGCAAGUCCCGAAUCCACUCCAGGGGGGUAAAAGAUGAGGAAGAAGGGCUGCAAACACUUCACGUCUGGAAUCCCUUCUUGAGGGUGCUGGGUCCGGCAAUAACCCUGCCUCCUAGGUUUGAAGAUCUAGAAGAAUUGCAGGUGGGGUUUGGCCAUUCCCAAGGGGAGUUUUAUAUACUCCUCAUCUCUCCCCUGGUCGAAGCAGAAUCUGGAGAAGGGUUGUUUACUGAAGUCCAGUUCUCAAGAGUGUGCCCUCAAUUCGGAGACCAGCUAUGGACCGUGGUGAGAUGCCCUCACCUGCUCUUGCCAGGGUCUGUUCUCUGCCACCAGACCACCAAUUCCCUCAACGAUGAAACCGUUUUGUGGUCUGUGAGAAAUGGCCCUAAGAGCUGGUCCGUGCAAGGAUUCAGCUUCACCACGAAAUCCUUUAUUGCCAGCAUUCCUUUCCCAGAUUGGGUUGGUGAUGGCGCACGCAACCAUCCGAUCGUCAAAGUUCUUGCUGGUCGGGUGUUUGUCUACCGUGCAGCCACGGGGGAUGGCGGUGAUGAUGACCCUAUUGUAGUCUGGAGCCUUGGGGAGGAUGGAAAUUGGGAUUUUCAGGCGCAAUUUGAUUUGGUUGAAGAUUUUGUUGGUGAAGAUGAUGUGAUCGACGAAGACUAUCAUCCUGAUGUUACCGACAGCUUCAGGGAGGUGUUUGCCGUGACUCCCGGGCAAGAUCGAUUGUUUGUGUAUACGUCAGAUGAUCACCUAAUGGGGUUUGAUCCAAACACGUCAGCGUAUUUCUAUUUUGGUGAGCGUGGCAAUCAUCUUGAGGCAAUUGAUGAAGUGGAUUCUCCGGAGUUGCCCGAUCUACGCGUUGCAUCUUACCACCCUUCAUUCAUAUGGCCAUACACAAGAUUUGCAGGAGAGGAUAAUUGAUUGAAUCUGUAGCAUAGAGGAGGAGGUUCGAUCAUAAGUAUUUUAGUACAUGGUCCAAACUCGAAUAGAUUUAUGUCCGGUCU